UAGAGAGUCAUUGAAAUUAAGGGUGAUGCAACCAGUCUCGGGAGUCUGUCUAUGGUGCUGCUGAGUCCCUGAUCUGGUCUCUAAGCGAGUGGUCCCACUUUAAAAGUUCCGUAUAUUAAUUCAACUCACGACACAUCCGCCCACGUUCCCUCCUGUCCGUUUGUCUAUAAUAUAACGUCCUCCUCCCCUUACAUAUAUAUAUAUAGCUUCCUAGUUGCAUACACAGUUCCCCAUCGUGACCACUCUAACCCUAGGCUACCAUUACCAACACCACUACUACUCUUAUCUCAUUUCACUUUGUUUGCGAAGACCAUGGGCAAAAUCAAGAUCGGAAUCAACGGAUUUGGAAGGAUCGGCCGUUUGGUGGCGAGAGUAGCUCUUCAGAGUGACGAUGUCGAACUCGUCGCCGUUAACGAUCCGUUCAUCACUACUGAUUACAUGACCUACAUGUUCAAAUAUGACAGUGUUCACGGCCAAUGGAAAAAGAAUGAGCUUAAGGUUAAGGAUUCCAAGACCCUUCUCUUUGGCGACAAACCUGUCAGAGUCUUUGGUUCGAGAAACCCAGAGGAGAUUCCGUGGGGUGAGGUUGGAGCUGAAUAUGUUGUUGAGUCCACAGGAGUUUUUACUGACAAGGACAAAGCUGCUGCACAUUUGAAGGGUGGCGCAAAGAAGGUUGUCAUUUCUGCUCCGAGCAAGGAUGCUCCAAUGUUUGUUAUGGGUGUCAAUGAGAAGGAAUACAAAUCAGAUAUUGACAUUGUUUCCAACGCUAGUUGCACUACCAACUGUCUUGCUCCAUUGGCGAAGGUUAUUAAUGACAUAUUUGGCAUUGUCGAAGGCCUCAUGACCACAGUGCAUUCAAUUACUGCAACACAAAAGACUGUUGAUGGUCCAUCAAUGAAGGACUGGAGAGGUGGAAGAGCUGCCUCUUUUAACAUUAUCCCUAGCAGUACUGGAGCUGCCAAGGCUGUGGGGAAAGUUCUGCCUGCACUAAAUGGAAAGCUGACUGGAAUGGCUUUCCGUGUUCCCACCGUGGAUGUCUCAGUGGUUGACCUCACUGCAAGGAUUGAGAAGAAGGCUUCCUAUGAUGAGAUCAAAGCUGCUAUCAAGGAGGCUUCGGAGGGUAGUUUGAAGGGAAUCCUUGGUUACACUGAGGAUGAUGUAGUGUCAACCGACUUUAUUGGUGAUUGCAGGUCCAGCAUUUUUGAUGCCAAGGCUGGUAUUGCAUUGAAUGAGAACUUUGUGAAGUUUGUCUCUUGGUAUGACAACGAAUGGGGUUACAGCAACCGGGUGAUUGACUUGAUUCGACACAUGGCCUCUGCUUAAUGAGCUUCUUUGGCGUUGAUCCCGAGCAUACCAUGAAGAUUAGUACUGUUCCAUGGUUAGGGAGUUCAGUUUGGAAUAAUUUUGCUGUUCAAACACUAUACCAAUAUUUGACAGAGAAGUUAAAGAGCGAUGUCUUCUUGCGUUUUUUUGGGGGUUUCAAAAUUAAAAUUGCCCCAUGUUUUGUUUAGUGCAAAUUCAGAUUCUGCCAUUAUUUCUAUGUUGGUGCGAAUCCAAACCUGAGGUUUUUAGUAAUAAUUGAAGGCUUUUCCUUUCACUUUUUUGCUUGAAAA